UAUGACUGUGUAUUUGUCAAUACGAAUCCAGAACUAGAGGGAAUGCGGGGGCUUGAUGUGGCACAUGUUCUUUGUUUCUUUUCAUUCUUUUUUAGAGGGUCUACCUUUCCUUGUGCAGUGAUCCGUUGGUUCGACACUGUUGGUGACUCCGCUGAUGAAGACACUGGUUUGUGGGUUGUUCGCCCAGGGUUUGCUCCCAACCACUCCCCCAAUAUCUCCAUCAUCCAUAUUGAUUCUAUUUAUCGUGCAGCUCAUUUAAUCCCUGUCUAUGGUACACAUUUUGUUUCUUGCGACCUUAAGUUUCAUUAUUCCUACGAUUCUUUCCGGUUUUACUAUGUAAACAAAUAUGCUGACCAUCAUGCAUUCGAGAUUGCUUUUUAG